UUUCUCCAGGAUUGUUCCUCUUGAUCACAGGUUACGGACACAUGGUUCCUCUCUCGGACGGGGGCAAAGUUUUCUGCAUCUUCUAUUGCUUUCUGGGCAUCCCAGCAACGUUAUUGUUCGUCACCUGCCUACUCCGAGUCCUGUUGCCCCUCCUAAGCUACCGGCCGGUGCAAUACAUUCACGCCCGCUGGGGCUUCCCGCGGGCCCACGUGGCUUUAGGACACUCGAUGGUGCUGGGGUUAGCCACCCUCACCCUCUUCAUCCUCGUCCCUGCCAUCUGCUUCUGGGCCCUGGAGGACAACUGGACCUUCCUGGAGUCGAUAUACUUCUGCUUCAUCUCGCUCAGCACCAUUGGCUUGGGGGACUUUGUACCCCGAGGCAGCUCGCAACCAUCGCUCCAUGGGCUUUACGAGCUGAGCCUCACUUGCUACCUGCUCAUCGGUUUGCUAGCCAUGCUGGUGACCCUGGAAACAGCUUACCAGCUGCAAGAGAUCCGGGCUGCUGUUCGCUUCUUUGCUCCGUCCUGCAACUCGCCGCCGGAGGAGGACGAUCGUCUGGGAAUCGUGACCAGGGAUCAACUUGCCUUGACCACCAAUCUCGGACUCUGCUCCCCUGAGAGUUUAACCGAAAGAGGGGCCACUCGGCGUGACCCUCCCACUACACACUAACAGCACCCACAAAUCCCCCCCAAUAUUCUCCCGUUUAGAGAGAAGGCCUAGUAGGGAGAGAGAGAUCUUUUGGGGCACGGGGGGAUGAAUUUUGCACAAUUCGAUCGAGUUAGGCUUGGACUUGGUGCUCCGUUCCCAACCUUACAAACUCUCGACAAGAAUAAAAAGGUCCAGUUUUCGAACAGAAA